AUGGGGAGUAACACUAACAACAUAGUAUUAGGCAUUGUUGUGAUAACUUUAGUUUCGUGGUCUGCAUUUGUAGCAUCGACCACGGCCCCCGGGAUGGCCGUGGUGGAUUGCACCACCAUUACGGCACUUAUCUCCGCCUGUUCCAGCUUUGUUACCUAUGGCGUGCCGGACCCGGUACCAGGAUCCCCGUGCUGCAUUGCCAUGACAAGCUUGAAUAGUAUGGCGGACACCAGUGACAACCGCCGUGGUGUCUGCUGGUGCUUGAUGGAUCUCAUUACGACUUACAAUCCAAAUGCCACUGCUAUUGCUACUUUGCCUGGUUUCUGUGGAGUUUAUCUUGGCUUCACCAUUGAUCCUAAUACUGACUGUGAAUAG